AGGAAGAAAGAAAGAAGCGAUUACAAUAUUUUAAGGAAGUCUUCUCCGUUGGAAGACAUUCUCUAGAAAAGUCAAGCACCCGCUUUUUGUCAUCUUCAAUGGAGAAGAACAACAUUUAAUCUAUUAUAAUCCAACCCCAUAACAUCUGAUUUCAUUUCUUUUUUUCUUUUUUUCAUUGCUGUUGCUGUGAAUUACUCAUCCGUUUCCCCUUAAUUCCACGAAUUCCAAUCUCCAGUUUCCCGCGAUUCAUCAGUUUUUUCGUGGGGUUCCUCAGAUAUGCAGAACCAACUUGUUUGCGGCGGGUGUAGGACUGUCCUCCUUUAUCCCAGAGGGGCCUCUAAUGUUUGCUGUGCAAUUUGCAAUGUGGUGACUCCUGUACCCCCAGCUGGGAUGGAAAUGGCACAAUUGAUAUGUGGAGGCUGCCGUACGUUGCUAAUGCAUGCCCAAGGGGCUACCAGUGUCAGAUGUUCCUGCUGCCAUACAGUGAACCUUGUGCCAGCGGCGGCGCCACCUAAUAAUGUUGCACAUGUCAACUGUGGAAACUGCCAUACGAUGCUGAUGUAUCCAGCUGGAGCUCCAUCUGUUAAAUGUGCAAUUUGCCACUUCAUCACUAAUGUUAAUACUGGUGACCGAAGGGUUCCUAUCCCUCUUCAAAGACCUGGUGGGUUUUCAACAUCUGCAUCCACACCACCUACCUCUACGGUGACGGCACGAUCUCAGAGUCAAACAGUUGUUGUUCAGAAUCCCAUGACUCUUGAUGAAAGUGGCAAGCUGGUGAGCAACGUUGUCGUGGGCGUUACAACAUAGGAAUGCAAUGAAAUGGAAUAUCACUCACGAGUUCUAGUAUUCUAUGGUCCUUGUUGGCUUCAAGAGUAUAGAGAUAUCUUGUGCAUAUUUUGGCUACAAUGAAUAUGCAGUUUUAAGAUUGGUUUGGCUGUAAAGUACCAGAAGAAAUUUGUAUUUUUUGUAUUAUAUGGGUGGGACUGCCGAAAGUUUGCCUUGGGACUUAUUUGCUCUGUCAUGCUACUGAAGAAUUGUAUUCUAUAUUGUACCUGUAACUUAUUGGAGUGAGGCUAUGAGAUUUAGUUGGAAGACAAAGUGACUUGUUAGAGGUACAUGAAUACUUUCAGUAUAUCUGAUUCACCUAUGUAUAGAUUACUCUGGUCCUUAAUGUUAGAUCAACUUGGAUAUCGUCUAUUGAAA